GUUGCUAUGGUUAUUGGUGGCUAUUUUUAACUGUGGUGGCAGUUUCUGCCUGUAAAAAACAUUUUUCCGAAUUUAUAUUUAGCGUAAUAUAUAAUGGAGAUGGAGACAUUCAAAUUCAUCUCUCUUUUUUUAAUUCAAAUCUACCUACACAGAGGGUUUAGUAUCAACUGAACCUAGCACAAACACAACAGCCUGAAUUUAACCGCAGCCCAUGUUUUCCACCCGGAAGUAUUUUGGAGGCGCGCACCUUACAAUGGCAACAUGUUCGAUAGGUAGCGACUCUGUUGAUGAAAUAAAUGAUCCAGGAGCCGCUCCUUACGGCAACUUUAUAAACUAUUACACUUUCAAUCCCCCGGAGAACCGCUUGAGUCUGGUUCCAGCCACACUCCUUCAGGAUUUAGGUUACAGCGACGGUCAUCAGACCACACUGAUCCUGGACGUGGGAUGUAAUUCAGGGGAACUGAGUGUAGCCUUUUACAAGCAUCUGUUGCAGGAGGAUGUGUGCAACAAGGAGUCAGUCAGGAGGAAAGUUAAACUCCUGGGCUUCGACUUGGAUGAGACCCUCAUUCAACGGGCUCAGCAGACCAACCCUCUGCCCAGCAGCAUCUCCUUCCUCCCUCUGGACAUCACUAAAGACACCGACCAGCUGCAGGACUACCUCAACCAGCACGGCUGCUCCCACUUCCACCUGAGUCUGUGCCUGGCUGUCACCAUGUGGGUCCACCUAAACCACGGAGACCCCGGCCUGCUGAAGCUGCUCUCUCGUCUGGCUUCCAUCAGCCAGCACCUCCUGCUGGAGGCACAGCCCUGGAAGUGCUACCGCUCUGCGGCCCGACGGCUGAGGAAGCUGGGCCGCUCAGACUUUGACCACUUCAAGACCCUGAAGAUCCGUGGGGAUGUAGCAGAACAUGCCAGGGAGCACCUGGAGAGACACUGCGGCAUGGAGCUCAUCCAGAGCUUCGGCAGCACUGCAUGGGACCGCAAGCUGCUGCUCUUCAAAAGGAGAUGAGACUGAGGGACAAGAGUCAAGAGAAUCGAUUAUCAAAAUGAUUGUCAAUUCCACAAAUUAUUGCAGCUCUAGAGGAAAGGAAAACUGGGGGCUGUAGCACAUUUAAAUUGAUCUUUUGUGGCUAAAACCUUUAUUUUCUGCUUGAUAAGUUUGUAUUAUUAUCUGCCUCAACACUGAUUUUGUUAAUUAAAACGUUUAAAUGUUUGCCAGAAAUAACCUAGCUACACAAUUGUUUACAUUAUGUAUGCAAUCAUUACCGUGCAGAUUAAAUGAUAAAACACAGCGUUUGCCAUUA